AGGCUUAAAGGCAUUCGGUGGAUGAAGGUAGAGGAGAGAAGAACACAUUUGGUCAACGCAGGCUGUUGUCACUCUACAGCGGAAGGUGAGGAGGAGAGAAAGGGGAAGCAGAAGGAGGGCAGCAGGUGAAGUGGGGGAGGCAGACAGAGGGAGGACUAACUAGACGGCAGUAAAACUGUCAGCGGCGACAAAAGGAAGAGGAGAGCUCCACGGGGGAAAGAUGGGCAGAGGAGUGCCACACACCUGCUGGCUGCUGCUGGCACUCUGCCUCACAGGUAUUCUUGCUGGUGAUUGGUCUGUUGAUCUUAUAACUGAUCAAAUCUGCGCUAGGAUUGGCUCCACUUUGACGCUGGUUUGUUCCUAUGACUACCCCCAGAGCUCCAGGGAAACGGGGGCAGAGGGGCAGCGCUCUGCCGAGGAACAUGAAUACAAAGUUCUGUCUGAGAUGUGGUGUGUGGGAGACAGCCGCUGUAUCACACCAAGAUAUGUGUUCCACAGUGACGGGAUCUUCCUGGAUCCAGCCUACCAGAACAGAGUGAAGUACCUGGGAGACCCACAAACAAAGAGCUGCUCCCUGACUAUAUCUGAUCUGAAAGAGUCGGACACUGGAACCUACGUGUUCUACCUCAUCACCAACCACCCCACGCAGAAGAUGCCGGAGCAGAGAGGUGUACAGCUCCUGGUUGCAGACCCGCCACAUGCCAUAGAUGUCUCUAUCUUUCCUGCUGGAGGCAGCCAACAGGGGGUCCCUGUGACUCUGAACUGCAGCAGUGACGACGCCAACCCAUCUGUAGACACAUACACCUGGUACCAGGGUCGAGACGCCUGCGCCGCUGCAGUGGAGGGAACAGCAUCCCACUCUAGAGCCAAAGCAACUGGUCGGAUACUCAGAAUUGCCAACAUCAGUGUGGAAGAGAUAUACUGUUGUGUGGCAAGCAACAAACACGGGUCAAAAUCCAUCCUUGUGCCACGCAGAGAUUCUGUGGUCAUUCCUAAAGUACAGGCCAUCUCACCAUGCUAA